UGUUAUUGGUGUUGACAACCGUCGGCAGCGGCAGAAUUAACUUGACAUUUUCUAUUACUGCGUAAACAAAAUGUUCACGAAACUGCUGGAGAUUAUGUCAUUUACAAAUAACAACAAGGGAGUCACUUCAUUUUAACUUUCUACAAACUGUGUUAAGCUUUGUCAGUCAAAAUAUACAGCAGUGAUGUCGGUAAAAACAGAAAUCCCAGGCGUAAAUAACGCCGUGCAAAAGCUAGAAGAAUUAGCUGAUCGAAUGCAAAGUGACAAGUUUGGGUUCAGAAGCAGCGAUCUAGAAAAUAUAGACAUGGUCAUUGAAGCCUUGCAUGAUCUGGAAGCUGAAAGGAAGCAGAUGCAUAUGCUUUUGGAAACGGAGACUAUUAAAUCCAGUGUUCUUCGCCAUCAGCUUAAGCUUCUUCCAGGCCAGAUUCGUGAUGAGAUUAAAGAGGCUGUCUUAGCAGCAAGACAGUUGAAUGCAAAUGUACUGUGGGAACUUCAGCAACGCCUGGAGAACAUGAACAACAGUAUUGCAGCCCUUGAUGAGAAAGCACAAGAACUUGAGAAAGAAAAUGCUGUUUUGUACCCAGAAAGAGAACUCCUAAAGCAGCAGCAUGAGGAAAUAAUUUCACAGCUAAACCAGGGGAUGGCAGAUAAAGCAGAAAUGCAGAUCAGCUUAAAUGAAACAAGAGACAACGUGAGACAAACCAAUCAAGAUAUUGUUGAUCUGGAAGAUGGGAUCCUGCAGCUUAAGGAGGAUCUCAUUCAAGAGAGAACACAAGCUCGUCAAGAAAAGAAAAAGCUGAAGGAGGCUGUGGCUGACACAGACCAGAAGACAAGGGAGCAGAAAGCACAAAAUGUGAUUAAGAAAAAAGAACUAGAUGUGGCACAGGAACAGCUUCUAGAGAGCAAAGGCAAAAUUGAUGUAUUUAAUAAGAACAUAGAGCAAUCUGAGAAGUCACGAGCCCGACUGGAGGAAGAGGAGCGUACAUUGAUCUUACAAAUCUCUGAUCAGCUCAAGAAAAAUGACCAGAUUCGCAUCAAGGGUGUACAAAUCCUCAAUGAAAGAAUUCAAGAAGAGAGAGACUUUGAAAAGAAGCAAAAGGAACUCAUAAGAAAGAUAAAGAAGAGUGAAGCGGACUUGGAUGCUGAAGACAAAAGAACUGUAGCUUUAGAGAAACAGAAAGAUGAGCUGCUUGCAGGUCUUCAGGAAAGGGAGACCACAAAAAGAGAAGAUAAAAAGAGAAUAAGUGAACUGGAUGAACGACUGCAGAUUGUGAAAGCAGCACUGAACUCCAAAUCAGAAGAAAUAGGGAGACUGCAGACAGAGACUGUUGACAUGGAAAGUCAAACAGUGGCUCUGAUAGAAUCCCAUCAGGCAGUGCUGGCUCAGCUAAAGAAACAGAUAGAAGAGUGUCGGGAUCUGUUGUCAAAGGAAAGAAAAGAAAGAAUGGAGGCACAAGUACAGAAGGAUGCUGUUUCCAAAACUCUGGAUGAUCUCAAAAUGGAGACACAAACCUUCAUGACAGAAAUGUCUGGUUCAAUUCAGGAUGGAAAACGGAGACAUGUUGAGCUCUCCAAUGAGGGCAUGCAGCUGCAAAAAGAUCUGAAAGAAAAUGAAACACAAAUCAGUGCCCUGAGUGCUGACCUGGAAAUGGCCCAGAACAAAUAUCAGGAGAUGUUCAGCAAAAUGAAGACGUACGUUGAUGCCUUGAAGAUAAUCAAUUACCAAAGAGCAGCAUUUAAAGAAAGGCAAAGGACCAGGAAUCAUGCUGUACUAAGAGAAGAGGUGCAGUUUCUUGAAAAUGCAAAGAGAGAGAAGAGCAAGCACCUGGAGGAGCAGACGCCCAUCUUCAAUGACCUGGAAGAGCAUUUUGAGAAGCGGACCCAAGAUUUUGAGAAAAUGAAAAAAGAUGUUGUGGUGAUGAAGAACCAAAGACAGAGCCUAGAGGAUGCUGUAAGAAAAGCUAAGAGAGAGAAAGAUGGACUAAAAAUACCACAGGAAUCCUUGCGCUUGGAGUUAAAGGAAAAGAGACAAGAGCUUAUGAAGCAGCUCAAAGAGCAUGGUGCAUCCACUCAGGAAAUGGAGACACAGAUCUUCGCUGCAGGAUGCAAACUGCGCACUCUUAUGGAAGAAAAUGACAAAAUUGAAAGUUCCUGUAUGAGACUGGAAAAAGAACUGGCAGACCUUCAGGUGAAGAUGAAAGAACUUGAACAAAUGAAGAUAGGCUUGGAGGCUGAGCUUGCUGAACAAAAAAAUGACCUCAUAAAGAAGUGGGAUACUGAUGCUAUGAUGCAGAAGUUCUUUGCAACAAGAGAUGAAGCCAUAGCAGAAGCAUUUAGCAAACUCUUAACACAUACAUCGGAACGUGAACAUAAAAUAGACCAGGUGACAACACGUCUGAAUGAAGAAUUGCAGGAACUGUCUCAGUUUCUGGACAGCAUAGCCUCUCGGCGUCCUCCUGGAACAGGACGACAAGUCAGAAGUACAGUUACAUCGCAGCAGAGUCGUCGAAGCCGUAGUCGCAGCAAGUCAAAUGAAAGAGAGAUUUCAUCGAGAGGGAGUCAGCGACGCAGCCAUUCACGUGAACAGAGUCGUAGCCAGUCACAGUCUUUACAGCACAAGGGUAUUACUUUUGAUGACAAAGAAAAUGCGUAACCCUCUGGCAAGAAAGGAUAAUAAUACAAAGCCAGAGGGUUUCGCAAAUCUGCAAGAAGACUCUAGGACAAAGUGCAUUCCCAGACUAUAUAGACUGUGGCAAAUUAGCUUUUUCUCAGCUUUAAGAAAGUUUGCAAAGAACUGCUACAGAUGUACACCAUUCUCCAAGAUCCUGACCUAAUCCUCUGUAUCCCUAAUGUGUUUGGCAGGGUCCAUACUAUUUUCAAGGAAAUAAAUAGACCAAUAGACCAAUCAACA